CAUGUUAUUGAUAAACAAGAAAGAUCUAGUCGAGCAGUUUAUUCCAGUUGUAAAAUCGCUCAAGGAUUUUCAAUUUAGAAGACGUUCGCAUUCUCAUGAACACGAACGCAAGCAGACUUAUAAAGGAUAUACGAAAAAUUUUGAUUCAUCCUGUUCUCUCUUGAACGACGUCGAUGAUUUCUAUACUUCACGAGCCAAUUUAACACUUCGUCAAACACAAGAAAAUAGUUCAUGGAAACCUGCUGACGUAACUGCUAAGAAAGAAGUUUAUACAAAUUCACCAAGGAGUAUUUAUGAAUACGAACCUGGUAAAUCGUCUAUAGCUGACAAAGAACCUUCAAUAACCCGGAGCAAACUAUCUACUGCCCCUGCUCCUCUCAUUAUUAAGAAAAAGAGUAAAUUAUAUAAUCCUCCUUUGGAGAAGAUAUCCGAUAAAGUGCAAUAUAAAGACAACAAGAGUGAAACUCGAAUACGAAAAUCGAACCGUAGUCCGUCCCCGGUUGAUCUGAUGGAAGCUAAGCAACUAUAUAGACAAAUACAACAAGGAGGAGAUAUACCAAUGAAUGGUCUACGUUUCCCCGCUCCUGAUAGAAAAAAAGCAACUGAAGUACACAAAGUGUACGACGUAGUUGAUAUUUUAGUCAAUGUUGUCUGCAUGACGCACGUUCGUCUAGAAAAGCCACCGUCUAGACCUCCGCCGCCAACUGUCAGCUAUGAGUCUGUUAAACAUGUCGACCUUCGACGCUCUCGAUCUUUGCCGUCUCGAAGAUCGGCGGCUGAACGUCUUGGCGUUAAGCCGAAAAUGCCUGCGUCUCAUCGUGUUUUGCGUACAAAGAGCUCCGACUCCUAUGAUUCAACAGACGAGCAUGAAUUUUCGUCAGUUGAGACAAGGCAGCACUUACGAUCUGAGUUACGCGUUGACGCCGGUUAUAAUAGAAAUGGAGUACCAUCCUUAUCGAGGCAAGAGAGGGAUGAAGAGAAUGCAAGGAGAAAAGAACGAGUUGAAAAAAUUAUGGUGGAAGAAAGACGGAAGCGAAUGAUUAAAGAGCAGUUGGAAAGAGAGGAUAGGAGACAUUCGGAUAAUUACACCAAACCCAACUACUGGUUAAAUUUGGGUGGAUUAGCUGACGACGAUUUGGAGGAUGAGAAUAAUAAUUUCUUCUCAAAACCUUUAUACGUAGCAAGAGAUUUAAACGAUGUAAAAAAGAAAGAGUGUUCAAAUAGGUCAAAAGAGAAAUCUCCAAUUCAUUUGGAUAGAUAUAACGAUCAAAGGCGUCUAUCGGAUGGUCUCGAAAGACCGAGCAAAUGUUCACAAUACAAAAUAAGGGGAAAAGCAAAGGCUAAAUAUAAUUUUACUGCUCAAAAUCAGAAGGAAUUAUCAUUUAGGAAGGGUGAUACCAUUUAUAUAUUAAGGGAGAUUGAUCACAAUUGGACUGAAGGAGAAAGACAUGGUCGCGUUGGAAUUUUUCCAACAAAUUAUAUUGAAAUUCUUACCAGUUUAAAUGAUGCUACGACAAGAGUUUUGAACGCCGAAGGAGAAGCGGAAGUUAUCUAUAAUUUUAGACCUCAAACGUUUGUAGAAUUGCCUUUACGCAAAGGCGAUAUAGUCAAGUUAAUUAGGAGAGUCGACGAAAAUUGGUGGGAAGGUCGUCUGGGAAAGAGUCAGGGAAUCUUUCCCUGCAGCUACGUAAAAGUUAUUUUUGAACCUUCCACCCCCCUUGCGACUCCCACAGCUAGCCAGGCGCCAACCCCUGUUCCAGGGUCGAGGCCCUUUUCGCCAACUAGUUCGGUUCCUACUAUUCCAACUGCUCCUCAGAGUCCUAAUCCAUUGGAUCACAUAGAUUUCGAUUAUUGCUACGAAAAGAACCUAUCCUACGCCGAUUUCAUGACCGAAGCAACGGCUAAGAAAGCCUUUUCGGAAGCGCCAUCUAGUAGUAACCGCUACAACUCUUUAGACUAUGAUAAGCGAACUUGCGAUGCCAAGAGUGAUGUAUAUCGAGCAAUGUAUACUUAUAUUCCUAGAAAUGAUGACGAAUUGGAAUUACGAGAAGGUGACAUAAUUAAGAUGACUGAAAUAUGCAACGACGGUUGGAUGGUUGGUUACUGCCAACGAACAAAUCAAUUCGGAACAUUUCCCGGAAACUAUGUUCAUCCAGUUCAUAUUUAA